AUCCCACCUCCAGGAUCUACGAGCCUUUAUCAAAAAGUUGGGAUGAUAGUUCAUAUCUAUUUAGGCUACUUGACGAGAUGCAGCGCCUCACCUCUCCACAGAACGCAUCCUGUUACGGAAAGCGAAGAGCCUAGUAAAAAGCUACCACGGCUACUUACAGAGGAAUACAGAGCCCACCCUUUGCCAAACGCAUCCCCAAAGGGGCACAAGAGCCACCACACUGACCUACUGGAGCGGAUCAGGCCAAUGAU